GUGUGCAUUGCGUGUUGUUUCCUGGGAAGCACGGCCAACAGUUAAAUGUGUAAAAAGAGCUAAGUAGGUGUUUUUUUCUCGUCUGAUAGCUACUUGAAUAUAUCAACAUUGCUUUUCCUGUGAUAUUUAAUUGUUGAAACGUCCCAAGAAGGUGAUGACUAUUGAUUGUAAACAAGGAGCUGUCAGAGCUGUUCGCUUCAAUGCUGAUGGAGACUAUGUGGUGUCUUGCGGUAGUGACAAAUCCUUAAAGUUGUGGAGUGUGAACCGAGGAACCUUGUUGAAGACAUACAGUGGACAUGGAUAUGAAGUUCUGGAUGCUGAUGGUUCCUUCGAUAACAGCCAGAUUUGCUCCUGUAGCUCUGACAAGACAGUGAUUCUGUGGGAUGUGGCCACUGGCCAGGUCUCGCGCAAACUCAGAGGGCAUGCUGGGAAAGUUAACUGUGUUCAGUUCAAUGAGGAGGCAACAGUCAUCUUGUCUGGAUCCUUAGAUGGGACAGUGCGAUGCUGGGACACACGAUCCAGAAAAUUUGAGCCAAUCCAGAUUUUGGACGAAGCUCGUGACAGCAUUAGCAGCCUUAAAGUUGCACAGCAUGAGCUGCUCACUGGGUCAGUGGACGGCAAAGUGAGGCGUUAUGACUUGAGAAUGGGACAGCUGCAUGUAGACUGCAUCAGCAGUCCCAUUACCUGUGUUUGUUUCAGUCAAGAUGGUCAGUGCACCCUCAGCUCGAGUUUAGAUUCAACAGUCAGACUUCUGGACAAGAGUACAGGAGAAAUGCUGGGAGAGUAUACAGGACACAAGAUGAAGGGCUACAAGCUGGACUGCUGUCUGUCCAGUAAAGACACCCACGUCUUGAGCUGCUCAGAGGAUGGGCAUGUGUACUUCUGGGACCUAGUGGAAGGAUCUUUGUCCUUAAAGCUGCCAGUCGGGAAAGCAGUUGUCCAGUCACUAUCUUUCCACCCCACAGAGACUCGCCUCCUCACAGCCAUGGAGGGACAAGUUCAGGUGUGGGGGGCGGAACCAGAGGAGACAGAGGAUGGCGGUGUGGACCCUUAGAAAGGCUGAAAGUACUCAAAUGUGACUGUUGCAUGUUCAAGGAACAUUGCUUUCUAUUGGACAAGCAAAAUACCGUCUAGCCAGUCAAACUGAAGGACCUUGUGGUGACACCUUGCUGCCAAAGUCAGUUCAAAUCCAAAUGACCCUGUGAGCACAGGAUGAUUUGGAGGUUUGCAAAUAAAAUCAGCUGCAAAUUUUUUGCAAUAUCCAGCUGAGCCUUUAUCCCAUCAUACAUGAUUUACCAGUUUAGUUUUGGGCUCAGCGAACAGUGCACAGAUUUGAGCAAUCAGGUUAUAUAUCAGUUUUACAAAGAAAAUUACACACAUUCUUACAAUGAAAGAUGUUUAAAUGCUUGUUGGUUUUGUUAAAAAUAGGAUAUCAGUGAAAUGAGUAAUGACUCAUAAGCAGUUCAAAGAUAAAGGUAAAUUGCAAAGGAUCUAAUUCACAAGCUAUAUUUGGCAUCUAUUCCUCCUUGUCCAUUAGUAUGACUAAAAUUUAGUUCAGUAGAAAUGAAGGCCAAUCCUGAAUGAACCAGAUGAAACAAAAUUCAACUCUUUGGAUGGUGAGUUUGUGUUGUCAUUUCUAAUUUGAAUCUCUUCCGUUAUUACUGAAGUUGACAGAAAGAUUGUGUAUGAAACUUUUUAUACAUUUUUAUUACAAAACUAAAAUAAAUGUCAAGUACACCAAA